GAAAAGAGGCUGGUCUUUAGUUGGCGUGUUUGUCGUGCGCAAUCCAUUUGACAUGAUUGCAACAAUGAGCAACGUUGAAUCCACGACAGUUUUCAAUCAUCCAGUCACUGGUAAGCGAACUUGGCUGUCUCGCUACAAUUGUUCGGAUGUUGUGCCGAAAAUCAAAGAUUGUCACCACUUUAUUCGGCAUUCAAUGGCUAAUGGAACUAUGAAAAUUACCACCAUGGACGCAGUAGAUCAAUCCAUUCAAAAGGUUCGCGAACACGCGAGACUCAGUGUUAAAUUGAUGAAGAAGUUUGAUAUUCAAUAUGUCAAAGUUCAACUGGAAGACCUUAUUGAGUCACCACGGAAGUACGCCGAGCAAAUGUGUAAAGUCCUGGAACUAAAUUGCGACGAAAACUACAUUCAGGGCGUGGUGGAGGGUGUAAUGGAAACUCCAAAUCCGACAAGAAAUGCAGUGGACUGGACAGCUGUACAAAUAGAAAAAAUUAAUGCCAUUGUCAGAGAUUUCCCCGAAGUCUUUUCCAUUCCCAGAUUUGCGAAGUUGCAGCUUCAGAAGUGAUGAGUUUACCAUCAGAAGUGUUCAAAAGUAAUUUGAUACGGCUUUGGGUUAAAAAGUCCUUCAAAAAUGCAUCAACUGUUGUCAAUUUCUUUUCUGUACUGAAGUUUCUGUUUAACAA